AUGAAUUCUUUUGGUUAUGGUGGUAUUCCUGUUGAUGCCCAAGUCCAACAGAAUGUGGAAGGACAAUUUCCUACUAACAAAUUUAUUAUGCAUGAAUCACAAACACAACCAACUGAGGAACCUGUAAAUCCGAGCCAUAGUGGACGUAGUGGUGGUCGUGGUCGUAAUGGUGGUGAGCGUGGAGAAGAGACAAGUGCAAGUGUUAGUGCAAGUGUUGCAAGCUCUAAGAGGAAAUACAAGCGCAUUUCGAUAGUUCGGGAGCACUUCGACACAAUUGAGGAGAUCCAUCCCCAACGUCCUUAUUCCCUUUCUUCACCAUCUUCUUCAGAAACUCUCAUCGGCCCUCUUCUCCAGACGCCGCUCCUCCUCCGCCGCCUUCCAGUCCUCAAGAAAUUCUCUGUAGCUCUAGAUCUCUCUCUCGCUCCUCUCUCUAGCCGCUUCUCGCCGUCGCCGACUCUGAUUCUCACUGUCGCCGCUCCCGAUUCUCGCUGCCGCCGCCGAUUCUCGUCGUUGCCGCCAGUUGCCGAAAAGCCAGAGACAUCUCUCCUCACCAUCAACACCUCCUCCUUCUUUCUGAUGAUUGGGAGUGGAUGUGCAUCAAUUGGUUUGGCGAUGAUCAAUGACAGAAAAAAGCACAGGUUGUUGUGGAAAAUCAUUUCAAAAAGCCAGCAGGUUAUUUGGGUGGCUCAAGAUCUAUAGUUCAACAUUUAGAGGAAGUUCAUGUAAUUAGUUUUCACCCACUUAAGUAUAUUACCACUUGAAACCAUAAUUACUAAACACUUUAUCAUUUCGUUUGAUUUUGUAUUUUUUUUUCUCUAACUUGAAAGUUUAUAACAUUUCGCCUAAUGCAAGAACAAAUGAUCAAGAUUCGCAAUACUCGUUUAAGUGAAGUACCAAAGGAGUCAAAACUUGACUCUGAUGCGGAAGAAGAAAUUUACUGUCAAGUUUUAUCAAGUGUGGCAUAGGUCUUGUGACUCUUGUCUAAAAAUAGCGUCACAAGCUCGCAAAUUUAGAAGGUCGGGAUAUAAAAAGCUUCAAAAUGAAGUUCAGGAAAACAAUCGUCGUAUGUCGGAUAUGGAAAUUCUAAUGAAGCAAUAACAAUAGUUUAUUCAAAAGCUACUUCAACAGAUAAAUUCGUCAUCAGAUCAUCCUGGACAUUCCGUCCCAAGAAGAGAAGAUCAUUCGCCACCGUCACCACCGGUCUCAGUUUGU